UGUUCAUUCUCUGCUCAUUCCCCCAAUACACCUUUUCCUGCAAAAUCAAUCUUCUCUUUUCUUCAACCUUUUUCUGAAUUUCGGCAGAGGUAGAAGGAGAGGGAGGAGACAUCCAAAAUGAGUUAUCAACCACUGCCCCCCCACGACAACCAUCCUCCUCCAGGGUAUGGAACGGUUUACCAUCCACAACCCGGAUACCCAUCCGCGCCACCUCAACCACCUUUUGAAGGCUAUCCGUAUCCGCCCCCUCCGCCUUCAGGGUACCCGUAUCCCCCACCCCCACAACAUGGAGGUGGUUAUCAAGGAUACUUCAAUCAAGGGUAUCCUCCGCCGCCGCCUCCCACCCAGGUUUACCAUUGUGAUCAUUAUCAUCAAGAUGAUGACUCUGGUUGUACCUCCUUUUUACGAGGAUGUUUAGCGGCCCUCUGUUGCUGUUGUAUAUUAGAGGAGUGCUUCUUCUGAAGUUCACAUGUGCCCGAUCCUCUGUUGGUGUCGCGGAAAUACUGUUUGUGUCCCUUGUUCAUGGGAAUGCCUACUGACAGUAUUCUUGUUGGUGAAGAAAUCAAGUUGUAUUUGAUAAUUUUUUCAGAAUGUUCUUUUUGCCACUGAAAUUGGGAUUUCAAUGUACGACUGAUUGUAUGGUGAAACUGUGGGUGAAUAAAGGUUGUAUUUUCUUCAUUCCUGUGUGUCUGUAUCAGAUGACACUGAAGAUGUGGUCAACCUUACUAUUCUGUUUUAAUGGUUUAAAGCUUUUAGUC